AUGGCAAUAUCGAUGACACUUUUCGACGUUCACGGUGGUUUGUUGUUGUACGUAUGUGGUGUUGUAAUCGAGAAAUCAAUUCCACUCUCGGUGCUCGUGCUCACAGCGUACGAUGUUAUGCUUCUGAUGGGCAUUUUCACUCAUCCGAUCGCAUUUCUCUAUCGUUACGCGUUCAUUUGCCAGUAUGUUUGA